AUGAGGCCUCGGGACCGGGACCGGCCGGAGCGAGCGAACUCCGGGUCCUGCGGCACCAAGGUGGCGCAACCUGGCUACUGGGAGGCCCUCUAUGCCGAAAGCACCCGGCUCAACGCCACGGAUUUCAACUCCUCGUGGCAGGGAGUGACCUUGGAGAGACUCCUCCAGGUCUUGGACCAUCGUCUCCAGCUCAAGGAGGAUCAGCGCGUGGUGGUCCUCGGGAGCGGAGACUCGCUCCUCCCCGAGGAUCUGCAGCAACGGGGAGUGGCUGACGUCAUCGCCAUUGACCUGAGCCCUGCGCUGCAGAAGCUCCCUCACAGGUCGGUGCGCUGCCUCACAGAGGAGAGGUCGACCCGACCCGUCAGUAGAGGCCUCCAGUGUGGAUGUGAUCCUGGAACUGGGUCUCCUGGACGUCCUGCUGGCCGAACCGGACCUGGACGGCGCAGCCGGUCUUCUUCGUGA